GACAGGCCCAUUUUCGACCCAAGAGAUGCCAACGGCCCUCCGUUACCAUUUCGGCUCACGUGAGCAAGUGUAUGUCAAGACGUGCUCGAGCACCCAGGACGCGCUGCUGCAUUCGCUGUGGCAGCAUGCGGUUCAGGCAAUUCUCUGUGCGAGGCGUUCAUCGCUGCUGCCCUGAUUUUUGUCGCCCCUCCUCCUCCUCCUCCUCCUCCUCCUCCUCCUCCUCCUCCGCCGUCUUGCAGCCCGAGUUUCGGGAGAACGUUUUCGCAGACGAGAUGCUGCGGCAAGCGGAUCCGACGCCGGCUCCGACGGCUCGUGCGGUGAGAAGGCUCCGGCUCCAGCCGGUGGGCAGCGCCGCGCUCGCGCGAGCGACGGCCGCUCGCAGGUCUGCUUUGCAGGUCGGUUACCUCAAGACGUGUCCGUAUUCGCAGCACCGCAGUGCUUGUCAAGCGUGUUGGAGGGUGCCAUCAGCAACUUCGACGUUUCCGCCGACACGGCACCAAGCCAAGGAUGCACGACGGGUGCUCGACGAUGCCGCCAAGUCCGUGCAGAAGCAGGGUGCUGGCGGCGGCAGAUCGUCUGCCGAACUCCAUCUGCGAGCCACUCGUGGGAGAGCAGCGUGUCACUCGAGCAGGCCCUGCUGGUGCAGGAAGGCCCAGUGUACGGCUAAUUGUUGAAGCCGUAGCGACCUUGGCUCAAGCCAGCGUCAGUUCGAACCUCAACUACAUGCCUGUCCCAUAUCCAGGGAUGCUUCUUCCCGUGUGAAAAUACGCGGACGGCUUUGCCGUAUGCGCUCUGGAUCCUCGCGCCUUACCCGUUCAGGGUUGGAGGUGCUUCUUUGCUGCGCAUCUGUCCUGCUAGCUUGCCAUACGUUCAGGUCAAACUCAUAUGUGGGGUCAGCCCUCUUUUGGGAAGAGAAAAGGACAACCUAUGUGUUUUACCACGCGUUCGCCAGCGAUCUCUUACCACCAAUAGUGGCUGAACAGAUGCUCGAUGUGUCGUCAGCUUUCUACAAUGGCGGUAUUACGGGUUUGUAUUACAACGUCGCUGCAAUAACAAAUCGUGCCUUGCAGUACCGGAUACCGAACUGCAGUUUCUGUCACCGUCUUGGAAGCUUUAUGAAUGGCAACGAAGUUGACACGCUGCAAAGCCUAUUUGAUCACUGCAUCAGCGGAAGUGGUUCCGACCAGGUCGUGUACAUUCACUCAAAGGGUUCUUUCCAUCCUUCCGAUAGAAACACACAGUUACGACGAUUCCUCAUGCGGGGGGCUUUCUCUACAGAGUGUCUGAACAUGCCGAGCACAUGCAAUGUAUGCGCUGCACGUUUUUCUCCUCUGCCCCACCAACACGUGCCAGGGAACAUGUGGGUGGCCAGGUGUUCCUACAUCAAAGGUUUGAUCCCUCCCUUGAAGUUCGGGGAGGCCAUGCUGAAAUUCGAUACGGCGGCCCACACAGGUCGUGCCGACAAUGACAGCAGUUGGUCUUGGGGUGCUGAGGUGUGGGGCCGACACGAGGAUGCAAAAAUCGGGAAAGGGCGAUAUGCAGCAGAGCAUUGGCUAGGCUCGCAUCCGGGCCUUUCGCCUUGCGAUAUUUAUUCGGGGGACUACUAUUAUGGGUAUAAGGGGCCGGACGACAUGAGCAACAUGUCAUGGACUCCUACUCUACAGGCUGCGCCACGAUACGAUCUUACGGUAUUCAGUUACACGCACCAUUUUAAAUGUUUGGAGCGCUUGCAGUCCUGGCGCCUGCACGAGUUCACGUUUCUUUACAACGAGACCCCCUCUCAUUCAAGCUGGUUCUGGACAUACUACCCACCUGCCAAUUGGAGCAAAGUUGGAAACAUGUCAACAAUGAAUCAGUCAAGCCACGUGUCAGCAUCGAAGAAUUCCUCUCGCUUUGUGGGGUGCACGUCCGGACCACGUACAGCCCCAUCGAUGCAUGCAACUUUGAUAAACGUGCAAAAACGCACAACGACACCCAAGAUGGUCCACAACAUGCCGGAGGACGGCCGAAGGAGGCCCCGAGGGGGGUUGCUUUGCAAUGUAUAAGAAUGCCAUGUUUUGCAAUGGGCCUUCCUUGACGCAUCGUGGCCGGGCCCUUGCGUCACACACCCGUCCUGUCGGAUUGCCGAGACUCUUCGCUGCAGUCUGGACGGGUCGGCGGAUUCAAGAUCGAGAAAAGGCAGCGGAAAUGGAGACAGUGAGGAAUUGCGGAAGUGGUGCUGACUUUGAGCGUUGCCUUGUCAUUGAUGACCCCAUGUCUUCCGUUUGGUGCGAAAUUGGCGCCAGUGCUUGAUGUUGGCCGCAGAGGUUUGAUUGGUUGCGCGAUUGACGCGCGAAUUUUUGAAAACAUGCCAGGGGUUGUGCGACUCGCGUCCAGCAGUAGUUUACGACUCUUUGCUGAAAGUUUCCCAGCAAGUCUGCCGAGACUGGCAAUGUGCAGCGCUCACGUCCUUAUGCGGGAUUGCAGAGCAAGUCGGGCAGGCAUUGUUGCGAUCCGAUGAGCAACCCGAGGUGGGAUUCGUAGGGCCCUUGGCCACCACUUGGAAAUGGAGCAUUUCGGUUUUCAGCAGAAUAUGCAUAAUACGAUGUUCAAGCACAUGCUUUUCCCUCCCCGUCAGUAGUACGCCAUGUCUGCAGUGUCAAGUUGGUGGUCCCAGUCUGCACCAUGAUUGGAGGAUGCGCAGUUGCGUGAUGUAGCGUCUUGGUUUGAAUUUUGUUUGCGGGCAGGGCACGCAACACUGCGUCAACCAUUUCGAUGCAGCGCUAUGUGUGCGUUUAAGCGGGUACUGCCAUUGCUGUGCAGCACAUGAUACGGACUUGUCGUCGCCGAGGCGCCGGAUACAA